AUGGUGUUUGCUCCAGCUGGGGAUCAAUCUGGAAACGAAUAUGAAGAAGCAAAGCUUCAGCAUGCCAGCAAGCAGAUUGUGCACACCGCCAUUCAGCAGGCUGUGCAACAGCUCUCCCAGGAGAACCAGCAAAAGGCCAAGGGGACAAACAGCAGCGUCAGCCUGCAGCUCGAAAGAGGGGAAUUAACCAAGAAGCACGAAAAGAAGUAAAAGGCCACCAAAGCUGCUCUUGGAUCAUCUAGUCUGCUGCCUUCUUCUUAGUAUCUGCUGUCUCACUUGUGCAGCAUUACUACAGAAAAACCAACCAAAGUGUAAUCAGCACAUAGUGAUAGAUGUAUACAAUUGCAAUACUCUGCAGCUGAGAAAUAGGGUUUUAAGUGCAUUAGGCAAUGUAACAAAUAUUUAUGCAGUGCCUCUUAACAUGUAACAAAACAAUGCUGUGGCUACCGAAGUCGUGUCAAAUGCAAACCUUUC